UUUUUGCAGACAUUGGCGUUACAGUAGUUCUGUAAGUGUUCAUCUGCUCUAAUCGUAGUUCUGCAGCGAAAUGACGCGCCUCAAGUUGUUACGCCUAAUCAGUGCUGCCACGCUUCUACCCACCAAUGUCGGUAGAUCCCAAAAAAUAAAUCGGUAUUUGAGCAAUGGAAAACAAAUACUUUAUGAAGCAAUGAAAAACAAAUACUUUAUGAAUAAAUAUAUUUUAUUCAUUACUGAUCAGUUUCGGGUAUCAGAAGUACACAAAGAAUCUAAAUAUACAUUGUUAACGUAAUAAAACAAGAACAACAGAACAAUAUAAAUCGAUAAUUAUUAAGUUGUUUAGUCAUU